AUGUCGGUUUACGUCGCAGCCAUCGACUUUGGAACUACCUACUCAGGAUAUGCCUUCUCGGUAUCACAUUUAAAAACAAAACUACCGGCAGUACAAAUACUAUCAAACCAAGCCUGGAAUGCUGGGAUCAGAGAAGCAAUAUCGCUGAAGACACCCACGUGUUUACUUCUAACAAAAGAAAAGGAAAUCGUGUCCUUUGGAUAUGAAGCUGAAAAUCGAUAUACCGAUAUCGUCAUGGAUGGCAAAGUGGAUGAAUAUUAUUACUUCUAUAGGUUUAAAAUGAACCUGCACGAGAACCAGUCAAUCUCUAUGUGGAUGUUAAUAGAAGAUGUCAGAGGUCAGACACUGCCAGCAGUAGAAGUUUUCUCAUUGUCAAUUCAAGCUCUCAAAGAUCACAUGAGGCAAACUCUGUUGGUGAAGAAUAUCAAAUUAGACGAUGACACAAACUGGAUACUAACAGUACCUGCAAUAUGGUCUGAUACGGCGAAACUGUUUAUGCGAAAAGGUGCUGAAAUGGCUGGAAUUGCAGAGGACAAGUUAACCUUGGCAUUAGAACCUGAAGCAGCGUCAAUAUAUUGUCAGACAUAUCCACCACCGGGCAGCUCAGACAUAGUUAAUACAGAUUGUCAAUAUUUAGUGGUGGACCUUGGAGGUGGCACUGUAGACAUUACAGCUCAUGAAAAGCUUCCAGAUGGGACACUGAAAGAGCUAUCAAAAGCUUCUGGCAAUAAUUGUGGAGGCACGUCUGUUGAUAAAGAGUUUAUAAAGAUGAUGGCAGAGAUAUUUGGACAACAAGUGAUAGAAAAAUUAAAACAGGAAUCCCCAGAUUCUUAUUUAAGUUUAAUAAGGUGUUUUGAAAAUGUUAAAAGAACGAUAACUCCAAAUAAAUCAGGAUUAGUUAAUGUUUCUAUUCCAAAUAUUGUUUUAGAUAAUUUCUGUAAAUCGGAAUAUCUGAAGAGCAUUGAAGAAGUCGUAGAAUCGUGUCCAAUAGCUUCUAACAUUCAAUUAAAAAAUGACAAAUUGCGAAUAGAGGCAAAGUUUACUAAAUCGUUAUUUAAACCUACAAUAAACGGUAUUAUUAGUUUGAUAAAGACUGUGUUAGACGAAAACGAGGCUCAAAAUAUCUCACAUAUCUUAUUGGUUGGAGGAUUUGCUGAAUGUGUUUUAAUACAGGAGGCAGUGAAAUCUGCUUUCCCGGACAGAUAUGUAAUUGUACCGGAAGAAGCAGGUUUGGCCGUUCUUAAAGGAGCUGUUUUAUUUAGAUAUCAACUCAAUGCAAUAUCCUCUCGUGUAACAAGAUGUACUUAUGGUGUGGAAAUUGUAAGGUCAUUUAAUCCAUUAACAGACGAAUUUCGUAGAAGGGUUUACAAAGAUGGAAAGCCACAUUGUGAGAACAUUUUUUACGCUUUUAUGCCUGCAAAUCGGUCGAUUCCAAUAGGAAUGAAGAUAAGACAAACGUUUACUACGUCAAAUGCGUACCAGUAUGCGCAUAGACUGCCUAUAUAUUACACCGAUCAGGAUAAUGUACAAUUUACAGACGAUGGAACAUGCAUAAAACUUGGUGUCGUAGAAGUAGAAAUUCCUAAUCCUACAAAGCAUUUACGAGAAGUCACUAUCAUUUUCCAUUUUGGAGAAACAGAACUAAAUAUAACUGCUAUUGAUAAAGAGUCAGGAAAAGAUUGCCAAACAUCUUUUACAAUAUAUGAUUUUAUCUAA